UGAGGUUGGGGGUCCGGGCUCACAAGCAAUAAGGUAAAGGCUCCGAGGAGAUCUCUGUGUCUUCUAAUGCUAUUUGAAAGUAUCAUUUUUGCCACAGUGUCAACAGUAGGCUGAUUAACUUUUAGUGUGGACUGAACUUUUCUCAUUCAUUGAUUUGGGAUGAUGUUACCCUUGCUGUUCACAAUUGAUAACCAUUAUUGAGGGGUUUUGAGCAUCAGAAACAUGUAUUUAACACAGAUGGGUGAUUAUGAAGAAACCUGAAUGAUAAAACCAGCCUUGUUGAUUUCUUUUAUAAAGUCUGUGGUGGAAAACUGUGAAGAUAUUUUUUCAUGCCUAUGUCCUCCUCAACUCUUCUUCCUUUCCCCAGUGUCAUCAAAUGAACCACAUCUGCGCUGCUCAAAGAACAACAUCCCCAAAGCCAGAAUGAGGACUCUAAAAAUGAGUAUUGUCAUUGUGAUCUGCUUCAUAGGCUGCUGGACUCCAUACUACCUACUGGGUUUAUGGUACUGGUUCUUCCCAGAUGAUAUAGAGGGGAAAGUCUCCCACUCUCUUACCCACAUCCUGUUCAUCUUUGGGCUAUUCAACACCUGCCUGGACCCUGUCAUCUAUGGCCUGUUCACUGUUCGCUUUCGUAAGAGCUGCAACAGCAAAGCUCCAGUAAGGUCAGAUCUGCAAACAAACAGUGUGGUAAUAGAGUCUCUGAAAUGUACUCAAACUGCUUUGCAUGCUAAAAAAGAGGUGACUGCUGCUGGAAAAGACAGCAUCUGUGCAGAGACUUAGGCAAACCCCUUGGACCUUAAACCUCUGACUGUGCUGAAGCGAGGAGGAGAAAAGUCUGAACUUUUCAGCCCUGAAAGCAAAGCAUGAUAGAAAAGUAUGAUUUUCCAGUUUUACAAUGUUACUUCAACUGUCUGGAUUGUCAAGCAUCUGAAGAACAAGAUGUCUGAGUGUGUCCACCUUAACUCAAGCUUAUCAUCCUUAUCUCCUUACCAUAUGGUUUAACAAAAAGAUAACAUCUCCACUGCCUUAAGGGAUUUUACUUCCCAGGUUAUACAACAGCUUUAUGAACACGGUAAACAUGUUUAGAGCUGUUUGUGUGUUGUGUAACUGGCUCUCAUUUUAAGGUGAGUCUGCAAUCUGCAACAUGAAUUCAAAAAAGCUUUAGGACUUCAGGAAAAAAGAGGGUUGAGAUCUCUUUCAUAGUUUUGACUCGAUGCUAGAUUCAGUUUUCUCUCGGUUCAUUUGAGCUUUGUAAACUGACUUUUUUUCAGUGGGGUUGCAUGAGGCAUUUGUCAACAGUUAGUGUAUUUUGGUAUCCUCGUCUGCUCAGCCCAUUUGAUGAGAAAUUGGGAAAUGAAACUGACAUGGGAACUAGGCAAUCAACUACUGCAGACCAGGUCAACUCUAUCAAAUAAUUAAACCGAUUUGUAAAAAAAAAAAGAAACUCCAUCAAAAAAAUAAACUAAGUGCUUACAACAGUCUAAAAUUCUCAGGGCUUUGCUCUGCAGCUAAAAGAUAUCACUCAUACCUCCUUAGUCAACAUUUUGAUUACUUUAACUGGUUGUAAUUAGGCUUUUUAACAUUUUGGUAAUAAAAAGUAUCUUCAUUAAAAAGUAUAUGACAUAGUUGAAUUUUCUGGGUCUGUGGGUGAAGACAAAAAAUCUUGAAUUGAAUGUGAUCCUUUUUAUUUACAACAAAACAGAAUAUAGAAAGCACAAGUAAACAUGUAAAGUUAACAACAGAGGUAACUAAUUUAACACAUUCAAUACCAGCCUGGCAUUGACAGAGUGAUUCACUUUGGUGAAUGGGUCUGAAACCAGCUCCAUCUGUUUUUCAGAGGAGCAUUAGAAACACUUGUUGUUUGUUCUUGUUAGGACCACAGGGCAAAUGCACCAAGACACAGUUGAUAAACUGUGGAUUUUUCUUAUUCCUCUUCCAGCCAAAUUUUAAUUCUCUUCUAAUCCUACAGCAUGAGGAGCUGUAGGCCAAAUUAUAUAUCAAAAUGUGUGUUUUGAUCAGGAGCGGUGUGUUAUUACUAAUCUCUAUUGUGUAGAACUUUUUUGCGACAUAAGUUGUGGAAAACUGUGGAAAAAUUUUGCUCUGAAAUCAAUGAGACAAGCCCCUCAAAAAGAGAGGAAUCAUUGGAGUUUUUUUUUAAACAUCUACUGCUCUGGCUCGUUUUUUUAAUCAAUAAAUAAAUAAUUGAAAAAGGAAUGUUUGUUGUCAGUGAGCUCCUUGUAUGUAAUAUCACAAUGCUACUAGUAUUGAAUAUUUGAAAUAUCUGAAGAAUCUCAGCACAACAUACACACCCUGGCAGAAGACCCUGUGAUCCUUAAAGAUUUCCCCAGAGUGAAAUUUCUAGUUUUCAGUAUGUCAUCUGGUAUGUUUGCAAAAACAACCAAAACAGAUUUAAAUGACCUUAUAGUGCCAGAGGCUGCCAUCUUGGUUGUUUACAACUGUGCUGAAGCAGUGCUCCUGCGUUGUCAUCUUAGAUGACUAUGAUUGGUUGGCUAUAUCUGUGCUUAAUGCUUAGAUUGGCAGCAGCUCCAGACUCAGAGCUGGCUGAUUGGGCUGGCAAGGCAAAGUUGAUAUACUUUUUCUACGACUAAAAGUAGAAAUAGUGUGGCGCUUUGAUUUUGUUGUCCCAAGUUGGUGCACAAAGGUUUGUCCAAAAAAUGGGCUUCCUUAUCUCUGUAACCAGGCUCCAUCUGCUUUAGGAUUGGUUGUAGCUGUAGCUGACAGAUUAGCAUCCCUUGAGCAGCCAAUGAUAAAUUAAACAAUCGAAGUGCAGCUGUUUCUCUCUGUUUACUCCCAUGCUGCUCUGUCCUCCAUGUGCACAGCUCAACAAAAUAUGAAAUGGACCUACAUAGUGCGCUAGCCUACUGUGACCAGAAAGGUAACAGCUGCUGGGCUAACUGUUAAAUCAGCUUAUGGUUUCUCUCCUAUAUGUGUGAUUACUAUCAAACUCAAGACUGACUGGCUUUCACAAGCCUGACUGUUGGCUCUCAGCUAAUAAGCUGAUAUAUUAGGCUAGUUUUUUGGGCCACAACUUUUGACUUAAAAAUGAAUCACUGCUGACAUUUGUUUUAAAUUGUUUGUAUUACUUCCCAGCUGGAGGGUAAAACAUAUUCACUGCUCACCGAUGCUUCUCAGUCCUGUCCUUUCCAGUUAUGUUCCUAAAGUGAGAGGUCGGCACAUUGUUUUAUGACCGUAUCACCACAUAGACCUCCUAUCAACAUUUAUCUGAGUCCAGCUGCUCGAGAAACAGAUGUACACACCUAUGGCUGACUCAAGGUCAGCUGAGAAAGACUCAGUGUGCUUUGGGUUUCCUUGGGGAGCUACGUGUCAAAGUACAUAAAAAAAUGAAGGACACAGAUGUAGCCACAUGGGUGGAGGCACAUGACUGGACGCUGUUGGGUUGCUGUUGGCUUUUACUCAUUCCGAGAAGAAGAAGAAGAAGAAGAAGAAGAAGAAGAAGAAGAAGAAGAAGAAGAAGAAGAAGAAGAAGAAGAAGAAGAAGAAGAAAAGGUAAAAGAUAAUGUGUGGUUCUUAAAAGAGACUCAAAACUGUCUCACUCCUUACUGAUUGCUCUCCCGUUUGAUAUGUGUGAGCAGGCUUUGUGUUCACUGACAUCAAUAAAUGCUUUUAGCUGGAUCUUUCUGGAGCCAGAGUCUGCAUGCUGGGGAUCAACUCACAUUACUACAGUAUUGACGUCUUACAGUCUCAUCCAGAAAACAAACAAAUAAAUGACCAACAAAAUGACAAAUAUCAGUCCGGUCUACAUUGUAAAAGCAUCUUGUGUUGGUUAUAAUAGUUCUAAUAGUUCUGGAAAAUUAAAAGACUCUGCGUCAGUGUUUGAUAUGUUUCUCCUUGACACUGUAAAUCUAUGCAGACUGAACUGCAUGUAUCGACAGAGCUGUCAACCAUGGUAUUAUACAUGUUAAGGACCAAAAAAAUGAAACUGAACUGGACCAAAUUAUCAAAGAAUUUACAGAGUUCUAUUUUCUCCAUUUUUCUCCUCUUAAUGUUGUCAAUAAGCUGCAAAUCUGGCAGCCUUAAAGUGCCUGAAAACUUUUCCAACUUGCAGAUCAAGACAGAAUAAAAGAUAUUUUGGUUGUCUAGUGGAAUACCUUUGCAAAAUGGCUUCAAAGCACUUCACAGUAGAAUUUUAA